AUGACUGAAAUUGCACAUCUUUGGAGAGGUGAGAACGGGUUCAAACAAGGUUUCUCUAAUGCAAUUGAGAAGAUGAUGCACCUCAAGAUACCUGAUUGUUCACUUAAAGCCAUCCCUCACAUCACCUCCAGGGUCAAAUUGUUGAAAAAACAGUACAAUGCCAUUUACGAAAUGACCGGAGGUCCUGGUGGGAGUGGCUUCGGUUGGAACGACUCGAAGAAAAUGAUUGAUGUCGAGAAGGACAUAUUUGAUGACUGGGUUAAGUCUCACCCUACUGCAAAGGGCCUUUACAACAAGCCUUUCCCCCACUAUGAUAUUUUGGGAACCAUAUUUGGCAAGGAUGCAGCAACCGGAGGUAAUGCAGAGACAAUGGGACAAUCUGUCAAUGUCAUGGAGUCAAAUGCGGCAUGCAAUGCAGAGAAUGUGAAUGUAUCUGACGAAUAUAUAGACGUCACGGAGGACUACAUACCCACACCAUUAGCAGAUCCAGUGAUACCGGAUGUCCCAAUUGAAGAAAUUGUGCCGCCCUCAGAUGUGUCUACUGCUACUGCAAAAAAGGGAAAGAAACGUGACAGACCCGAAGAUCCAUUGGUUGCUCCAAUAGUUGAUGUAAUGAGAGAUAUAAAUCAAAACUACCGUGAGGGUAUUGACAAGCUAGUUGCAUGCUUUCAGCAUCAAGCUAAUGGGAGUAAAAGGCGGAUGUCAAUUAUGGAAGAGCUGGAAAAAAUUGGAGAUCUGACUGAUUCAUAG